GUCAACAAGAGUGGGUCAUUACCUUAUAAUUAUUAUAAGCUUAAAAUUUGAAAUCAGAAGGAAUAAGAAAAUUUCGCCGUCGCCUUUAUAAGAAACUUGACUCGAAAGUCUGUUGCAAUCAUGAGUGAAUUAAUACAAGUUGGUCCUUCUAACACUUGUAAUGACUUUCCAUUGGAAUCACUAGGAAAAAUUUUUUACAAAAAAAUUAAAGAAUGGGAUUGUGAUCGAAUUCUUUUGAUUGAUUCUGAAGGAGAAAUAACUUAUGGAGAAUUUCAAAAACUAACUGUUCAAUUGGCAAAACAGUUUCAACGUCUGGGUAUUAGAAAAGGUGAUGUAAUUACGAUAAUUUCCCCAAAUCACUGGAGAUUUAUUGCGACAAUUGUUGCCGGAUUUUAUAUUGGAGCCACAAUUAAUCUUCUUAACUACGACUACACUUCUGGAGAACUAAAACACUUGUUACUAAUUUGUAACCCUGUUUUGAUACUUUGUACUAAGAAAUCAUUAAUCAAGCUCAAAAAACUUGAAAAUGAAGUUGAACUUCCACAUAUUUUGCUAUACGACUCUGACUUUGAUUCUUCACUAAAGUGUAGUUACAGUGAGGAAUUUAAACCUAUUGAUGAGUUAGAUCCGAUGACAGAAGUUGCCUUAAUUUUAACAUCAUCAGGUACAACAGGCUUUCCAAAAUGUGUUCAAUUAACCCACUCAAACAUGCGAACAACAAUGUUGCAUGCUAUGGAUCCCACUUUUUUGGAUCUUAACAAACACGAAUCCUGGAUUGCAUUUCUUCCAUUUUACCACGUGUUUGGUUGUGCCAUUGCACUAGCUUCAAUUUUAAGCGGUUGCAAAACAGUAAUUAUGGAAAAAUUUAUUCCUGAUUUAUUUUUAACCUUAAUCCAAAACCACAAAAUCACAAAAUUGUUUGUGGUUCCUCCAAUUUUACAAUUUUUGGUCAAAAACCCCUUAGUAGAAAAAUUCGAUCUUUCCUCGGUCACUGAUAUUUUGUGUGGAGCUGCUGUUGUACGUAAAGAACUGGAAGAAAUGGUCCAAAAAAAGUUUCAGAUCAAGUCAGUCAGGCAAGUGUAUGGAAUGACCGAAGUUUGUGGUGGUGCAACCAUGAUUCCUAAAAAUUUUCAAAAAUAUGGAUCUUCAGGGAAAGUCAUGUCUUAUACACAAAUCAAAGUUUGUGAUGUGACAAGUGAAGAAACUCUUUCAGCGUAUCAAAUUGGAGAAAUACGAAUCAAAGGUAAUGGAAUAAUGAAAGGUUACUUGAAAAAUAAAGAAGAAACAGAAAAAACGUUUAAUGAAGAGGGAUUUUUGAAAUCUGGUGAUUUAGGUUACUACGAUGAAGAAGGUUACUUUUAUAUUGUUGAUCGUUUGAAGGAAAUUAUUAAGUAUAAAGGAUUUCAGGUAUCACCAGCUGAGUUGGAAAAUUUGUUAAUACAACAUCCUGCUGUUAAUGAUGCAGCUGUUGUUGGAUUACCGGAUGAAAGAGCCGGCGAGUUACCUUUGGCAUUUGUUGUUAAACAAGAUAAAAAUAUCACGGAAAAAGAACUGAUUCAAUACAUUUCAGAAAAUAUUUCUAAACAAAAGCAUUUGUAUGGAGGAGUUAGAUUUAUUGAAAGUAUCCCUAAAAGUCCCAGCGGUAAAAUUCUAAGAAUAAAACUAAAAGAAAUGUUAUAAUACUUAUAUUAUAUUAUAUUUUCAUGUUUGAUGUUUUCAGGUGUUAAAAUUAAAGUUUGUA